AUAAAAUCAUAAUUUCCAAACAUGAGUGUAAGGAGACUUAGAAGUGGAGGUAUGCAUGCAAAUUCGGAAGAGGAAUACUUGAAUGUAUGAUUUUAUGUGUAUUACUCUAGAAAAUUGUUAAAAUGGAGAAAUAAUAAAAGAAAAAAACUAUUAGCUAAGAUGAUGAAUACUUUGAUGGAUUCAUUGUAAAUUCAUAAUUUACAUUUGAAUGCAUCGAGCAGCCUCAACUACCUUAGAUCACUCAGAAAUCUCACUUUAUUUUAAUUAUGAUUGAUGAUCUUCAUUUAAGUCCCAGAAGACUGUAAAAUAUGAUAGAAUACAGUAAUUUCAUGUUAAAAGUAUUUUUAGCAGACAAUUGUGAAACAAUGACUUAGAGUACGAAUGAUGAUUCCUCAACUUGGAGUCCUUAAAUUAUGAACUAUGACUGUAUAGUUCACACAUAUACCUAAGAAUGUGUGAAUCAUCUCUUUAAUAUAUGGAUAAUAAAUACACCCAUUAUUAAUUCAACUUUUAAAUGUAUGAUAACUAUCAAUAGUAGAUUGCUAUUACCAGCUAUUUGAAGCCUUGAUAUGUGUCAACAAUAUUAAGAGCAACUUAUUUUAAGAGGUUUUUGAGGAGAUGAGACAAAUAAAUAGUAAAGUUCAGUAAUUCCACAUUAAGGAAAAUGAUGAGGUUAACCAUUAUUAAUAUGCUAGGCUUCCCCCGAAAGGAAAUAGAUAAAUAAUCUUCAAUAAAUUUUAAAAACCUUAAUCGAUUCGAGAACUCCAUGAAGACAGCAC